AUGUGUGAUUCUGCAUCCGGGAACCAGGGGGAAACGAAAUUUUACUCCAUUCAUGAGGGGGACGACGGUGAUUUUGAGGAGGUUACAACUGACAGUAAAGUGGAAGAUUUGUGCAGAGAUGUUCUAGCUGGUGGCAGGCUCCUGGUGAUCGAUGGUGAUUGGGAAGAAAGGGAUUCAGAGUACGACCAAGAUGAAUCUCAGAAUGAGUAUGAUGAUGUAGCUGAUGGUAAUGAUGGUAAAGCAGAGGUUGUUAAUCAUGAAGCGUCUACAUCUGUUGCAGGAGCGACAAAGCUGUCCAAGUCAGUCACUAGAGCUGAAGAUAAAGAUAAGGGUUUAGUCUUUCAUCCAGAGGACAUGAAUAAUCCACCCCUAAAAUGUGGAUUGACCUUUAGUUCUCGGGAAGAAUGGCAUAAUAGGAGAAAGUGCCCCUCAAGGACAGUAUCACAAGUAACACAAAAUGAACCAGCUGAUGAGGUUGAGCAUAAUGUGGAGAAAACCCACAUGCUGGUUAAGAGAAAGCUUAUUGAUGAAACUAGCAUUCAGGAGGAUGUUAUUGAACGAAGCAUCUUGCAGGGGGGAAAAACCCUAAAAACAGACAAAUUGAAGAAAAACGAGAACAUGAGUGUAUCUCAGCCCCUAGUAAUUAUGGAAAGUGUCCACAUUACAAAGGAGAUUAGCAAGGCCAAACAAAAGAUUUUAUCCCAGUCAAUAAAUGAUAAUAUCAAAGGGAAACAAAUUCUGUCACAGCCCGAAAAAAUUCCUAAAACUGUCAGAAAGACAAAGGAGAAUAGCAAGGGAAAUGAGCCCCAACAAAGUCAAAAAAGGGCUGCAAGUGAUGAACCAAACGUAAUGAUAUUAGGUAAUUUGCCCGUUCCACAAGUAAAAACACUACGGGGUAGGACAAUAAAUGUUCCUGCGCAUGAUCAGGCUACAAAGAAGAAAAAGAAAGGAAAGUUGAGCGCAAAUUGUGGCUAUAAGCUAAUUGAUGAACCAAUUGGUGAGCCAAAUGCUGAUACUCAACUACUGGCGGAUACAAAAAAAGACUUCCAAGGCAGAGCUAAUGCUGAGUCUAAUAUGGCCAAACAACUUGAAAAUCUGAAGGAACCAAAUGGGAAGAUUCAUUGGGGCUCAAACAGAACUACUGACUACAUCACUGAACAGACAGCUAUUGUUGUUGCUAGAGGCAAUGAGUUUUAUGCGAAGUAUGGGUUCAAACUCCCUUCUUCAGCAGCAGAUGGUAUGUUUACGAGUGGUUCUAAUCAGGUCAAAAUAGAUGCAGAAAUGACAGCUAAUCUCAUUGCAUUAACCAAUGACUUGCAUGAUAUCUUUAAAGACUUGGGUAAGGCAAACACAUCGAGGUGCAACCUAUGA